UAUGGCAAUUUGUGUCAGUAGUGUGAUAUAAUUUUUUAAAGUAAUUCUUCAAAAAGUUUUCUUCACUUCAUUCGUCAUUUCCUUCGAUAUUAUAUAUUUAUUUGCAGCAUAAUCACCACAAUGGCUGCCACCAUAAAAUCAUCCUUAUCAAUGAAAAUCAUGUCAUUACAUAAGGAUAAUGUUCAUAAUUAUCAUCGUAUAAAAAUUCCAUUAUCGUCAUCAAUCGAUUAUGAUAAAAAACUAGCAAUAAUCGAAUGCGAAAAGUCUGAAAGAAAUUAUCAUUACCAAUCUACGAUUUGGUAUCGAUAUUUAAUCGAAUUACAAGCCCUAUUAUUUUUAAUAAUCGAUUCAUUUAUGAAUAAAUAUCUACUAUCGUGCAAACGGACCAAGCAUCAUUAUCGAUCAAUGAUAGUUGACAAUUUUUGUAGACAAUCAUCACAUUUAUUCACCAUUUUUGUUACUUUAAUCAUCUGUUUGUUACCAAUGUUUAUUCAAAUUUCAUACGUUGCUGAUGCUGCAAGAACUAAUAAUGAAUGUAGAUUUCCCGAACAUUGGUGGGGUAGUUGGUUUCAGAAAGGUGUUUCUGGAACGAUAUCAAUUACAAUGAAUAACAUUUCACAUAAAGGUUUUUGUCGCAAAAAUCAUGGUGAUAAAUAUAUUAUCGAGAAUAGAACUGAUCGAUGUGUUCGAUGUUUGGUCAUUAGUGAAAGACAUGCCAAUAUUUUACAAUACAAAGAAACGAGUUUUUGUUAUCCAUUAUCGGAAGAUACAAACGAAAUUUGUUUCGAUAUUAACGGUGAUGCUCCAUUGUAUUCAUUGUUUCGAGUAAAUACAUCUCCCAUCAAGUGUCCUUUCAAUGGCCCGUUUACGUUUUCCUAUUCGAAAGGUAUUAUGAAUGAAUGUCGAGAUCCACCAUCUACAAUUGAUCAAUGUACCGAUGACCGACAUUUGUUGUUCAAAUUUCGAGCUUGUAUCGACAUUCAUGGCUCUGAAAGUAAAGUGGAAGAGCUUGAAUGCUUAGCCGAUUGGAAAGAAGGAUCAUAUCGAUAUCUAGUAGGAAAACUAUAUCAUCAACUUGCCACAACCGAUGAGGAUCGUUUCCGAUGCUUUGUAUUCGAACGUAACAAUUCUGAUUAUGUUGAAAGUUACAAUAUUGGCCAAUCUGGUGAUGCUAGUUGCGAAGGCCUAUUCUCACCGCGCGAUGGUUCCCGUACAUUCAAAUUGCGCAAAACAAAUUCUAUUCAAUCUAGUUGUGAAUUCCCUCCUUGGAUUACAGAUGUAAAACUUUGGUCUACAUUGGACAAUCGUCAUGUUUAUGAUUUUACCGCCUUAAAUCAAUUUACUGUCGUUGACAUGAAGCAAACGGUGUUCCAGCUGGCCAAAUGUAUUCGAUCCGAUGAUGUUUCAUUUCAAUAUCGUUUCAAUACGAGCCGAUUCAUCAUUCAUACCACUGUGCAAUGUUCAAGCGGUUAUGCUUGUAUGAAUGCCUAUCAACGAGAAGAUCGUAUCACCGAAUUACAAAUUGGAAACAUUGUUUCUGACAUCAAUGAAGCUUGUUCGCCCAAUAAUUUUAAUCUUCGUCCAGCCAAUUUCAUUACGUUGACAACCUUGGAUCAAGAAAUGCGUCCUUGUGAACUAAGUGGAAUUUAUUCGAUUCGUACAAGAAUGCCAUACAGUUAUAAUCAUAAAAUUAUGACCAAUUAUAGUCGGCUAGUAUCGUUAUUGGAUUCAAGAUUUAUGUGCCAAGAAAAGGACCUAAAAUUGCGUUCAAAUUGUGAAGAACCUGAAAUGUUUCAAUUUAUUUGUACGACCGAUAAUCGAAUCAAAAAUUUUUAUUGUCGCGGCGGUUGGAGAGAAAAUAAUACCCAAUAUUUUCUCGUAUCAUUGAUCGACAAAUUCAAUUAUGGAUAUUGUAUAUCGUACAAUAUCGAAAAUAAAGAAAUUCGUUUGAUUCGCAAUAGUCAUUUUUGCUAUCGUAAUGAUCAAAUCUUACAAAAUUAUGACCAGACACAGACACCUUCAAGAUCAUUCCGUCCAUCGGUGGUCAUUGGUGAUCAAUAUCCAACCAACAAAUUUGCCUCAACCAAAUAUGAUGAUAGCAUUUCAUUCACUUUGAUAAAUGAAGGUUCCUGUCAGCGUUCGAGUUCAGUUUCAUUCAUCGGACAUAGCUGUCGAAAACUUUUUCUUUUAUGGUUAUUCAUUAUCAUUGUGGUCAGCUUUCAUUCAAAAGCAUGAUGACGAUGCUCAAACAAUCAAUCAUUCAUCUGUCUUUCUCUUUCCAAUUCACCAAAUUUUUUUAUUGAAUCAAUCAUUCAAUGGAAUGCCCGAAUUCAUGCU